UUUGGAGGUUGGCGAAUGCUCCUCAGUGGGAGUGUUUGCCGCCGCUGCGGCCGCCGCCUGGAGUGUCCUCAGGCUCCGGGUUUCCCUGCCUCGCCAGCCACGCGGAGUCCGGGGAGGCAAGCGGAGCCUGGGUGCCGAUAGCCCACACCGCCCACGCCUUUUCCAGCCCGAGAUCGCCCGGCAGGGAUGGGCGAAAAGACCUGGCUGCCCUUCCCGGUGCUGCUCCUGGCCGCUCUGCCCCCGGCGCUGCUGCCCGGGGUGGCGGGCUUCACGCACUCCUUGGACAGCGACUUCACCUUCACGCUGCCGGCCGGCCGGAGGGAGUGUUUCUACCAGCCCAUGCCCCUGAAGGCCUCGCUGGAGAUCGAGUACCAGGUUUUAGAUGGAGCAGGAUUAGAUAUUGAUUUCCAUCUUGCUUCUCCAGAAGGAAGAACCUUAGUUUUUGAACAAAGAAAAUCAGAUGGAGUUCACACGGUAGAGACGGAAGUUGGGGACUACAUGUUCUGCUUCGAUAAUACAUUCAGCACCAUUUCUGAGAAGGUGAUUUUCUUUGAGUUAAUCCUGGAUAAUAUGGGAGAACAGGAGCAAGAACAAGAGGACUGGAAGAAAUAUAUUACUGGCACAGAUAUGUUGGAUAUGAAACUAGAAGAUAUCCUGGAAUCCAUCAACAGUAUCAAGUCCCGACUAAGCAAAAGUGGUCAUAUCCAAACUCUUCUCAGAGCAUUUGAAGCGCGUGAUCGAAAUAUACAAGAAAGCAACUUUGAUAGAGUCAACUUUUGGUCUAUGGUUAAUUUAGUGGUAAUGGUGGUGGUGUCAGCCAUUCAAGUUUAUAUGCUGAAGAGUCUAUUUGAAGAUAAGAGGAAAAGUAGAACUUAAAACUCCAUAUUGAAAAAGAGACAGAAAAAUGCAAUAAACUGUUACAGUCAAGACCAUUAAUAGUAUUUCCAAAAUGUUUUCAGUUAUUACCAUAAGUGUGAAAAUUUUAAUUUUAAUGUGAAAGAAAAAGUCUUCACUUUCAUCUGUGCAAGUAAUCUUAUUGCUCUGGUUAUACUUAAGUGCAUAGCAAAUAUUUUGCAGAGUAUAGGUAUAAUUGAAUGAAGCCAUAUUAAUAAUGGCAUUUUCCUGUUUAAAAAAAAUGCAAAUGUGUCAUAGGUGAUUUUAAAAAAAGGAACUUUGGGCCUAAAUGCAACACCAAACAAUUUUUGUUUAAUAUUUUUUUUGUUGAUUUUUGGAGAGAGAGAAACAUCAAUGUGAGAGGGAAACAUCAAUAGGCUGCCUUCUGCACACCUCCUACCAGGGAUCUAGCCCAUAACCUAGGCAUGUACCCUGACCAGGAAUUGAACCAGCAACCUUUCAGUGCAGGAUGCCCAACCAACAACUGAGCAACACCAGCCAGGGCCUAAUAAUGUUGCUGGGUUUUUUUGUUUUUGUUUUUCUGUAAAUCCUCACCCGAGGAUUAUUUUCCAUUGAUUUUUUUACAGUUUUUUUUUGGGGGAGGGGGGGGCAGGUGGGGAGAUACAUCGAUUGGUUGCUCCUGCACACAACCUGACUGGGGCUGGGGAUUGCACCUGCAACCCAGGUAGUGCCCUUGACCAGUAAUCAAACCUGCGACCCUUUGGUGCCUGUGCCAACGCUCUAACCACUGAUCCACACCAGCCAGGGCCGAACAAUUUAUUUAUUUUUUAUAAAUUUUUUUAAAUUGAUUUCAGAGAGGAAGGGAGAGAGAAACGUCAGUGGUGAGAGAGAAUCACCUGCCUCCUGCACGCCCCCUGUGGGGGAUCGAGUCCGAACCCAGGCAUGUGCCCUUAACUGGAAUCGAACCCAGAACCCUUCAGUCUGCAGGCCAACACUCUAUCCACUGGCCCAAACCAGCUAGGGCCAAACAAUGUUUUUAAAAGAUUCUCUUACCUAGAAGUUUCCUUGUAAAUGUAGCAAUUAUAAAUUAAAUUUCCAACAUACUAAGUUAUAAAUCAUCUGAGAAUUGACCUAAUCAUGGAUUGAAUAUAUCUUUAGAAGAUGAAGACUCUACUUUUCUCUUUUUACAUAUGCAUCUCUCCUCUAAUGUAAAUGGAAGCAUAGCUGUGAAAAAGAGAUUUGUGAGACUUUUAUAACCAAAUAUAUUUCAAUUUAAAAUAUUAGCAACAAGUAAUUAGUUUUAUAUACUUAUCUUACAUUCCCAAAAGUUGACAUUGUGAUAAUUCUUAAAAAUGCUAAGUCAUAAUUAAAAUUAGGACAAAUUAUCUUUUUGAAAUAAAGAGUUAAAGGUUGCUAAGUCUCCUUUAGGACUUAUUCUGUCUAAUCCUUAACUAAGGUAUAGGAUUUUAAAAUUAAAUGUGAGAGAAAUAAUUUUGUUUUUAUGUUGUCAACAGUGUUAAUUUUAACAUGAUUAUUGAGUUGGAUACAUUAUUACCAGCAGUUGUAAAGGAAAUAUUGCUAAAAGGAUCUGGGCCUAACAUAAAUAUCUCCUUUUCUGACUUCUCAAAAUCAGUAAAAGAGAACUAAUAAAGUCAAUAUAAAAAGAAUUAAGGUAAGUAUCUAUAAUCUAAUGGGCCCCUCAUAAUGAACUAACCUUAAUACAAAUCAUGAGAUAAUUUCCAGUUAACUAGAAGAAAUAUUACUUGGCUAUGAACUUUUUUACAACUGUUCUGUUUGAAUUAUCUAAUAAGUAUUCGGGUACAUUUUAUGAAAUAUAAGUCCUAUUGUAGUUUAGCAUUGGGUAUACAUAUUUAUUACAAAUAUAACUUUCAUAAAAUGAUUUUUCUGAUCAUUUUAUUGACAUUCAAGUAAAAUUUGAAACCCACAGAAUCCCAAGUUUGAAUACUCAUAAGUAAAGGCUGUACUGUCCUGGCCUCCUGCAGUCCGUGGAGUCUUACUCCAAUACUAGUAAUUAAUUGAAUAGCAUUUUUAGGUUAUACCCAUUUGUAGUAUUGUUUAUAACAAAUAUGAGUUAGAAGCAGCCAACUUCUAAAUUUGAGUACAGAAUCCCUCUGUAGGUUAGUACUGCUGGCAAUGUUAAGCAAUGAUUGAUAUCCAGAGAGAAUGUUUUCAUUAUGCUUUAUACUCUGUGGUACAAAAAGAUUUAUUUCCCUCCUUAUGCCUUUGGGAACACAGAAACUUAGGUUUCCCUACUUUCAAGCUUUUUUAAAAUCAGGUAAAUGCCAUGUAUGAUCAAUUACCUUCAUUGGCCAAGAACGUGCUUUAAGUGUCCAGGAAUAGUCCCUGUAACAUGCAAAACAAGGGCCAAUAAGUCAUUGCCUCUGAAGAGCCCUCCCCGUCACCCCUCCUAUUAACCUAAUGAGAAGCAAACUUAGAGUACUAUAAUAAAACAGUACAACAUAAACUACUGCAUCUUUUCUUUAAAACUGUGAUUAAGAAUUCUACCUCUUAUGUAUGGCUAGCAACUAUACUGUACUCUUAUUCCCUACCUAACAAUGAAUUUUUUACAUCUUGUACAUAUGAUUUCUGCCACUGAUAUUAAACCUAUGAUUCAGUAACUUCUCACCAUGUAACAAUGGCCUUAUUUGGAAAAGAAUUUAGGAAGAUUGAGGACAAUUUUAUUUUUAUAGACACAAAGUGAAAAGAGAUUAUUUAAGAAACAUGUUAUUUGUAAUUAGCCAAAAGAAGUAAAAUUGAUAAGCAAAGGACUAAAUUUUGAAAUAUUUCUGAAGCUAUACUAUUUUCUUCAUGGUUUUUAAUGCCAACAUUCACUUUCAUAGUUAAAAUUAUGCUAAAAUUGAGUAAGCUAUCAACAGCUUUUUGUCUUUCGUUUUUAAUUAAAAUACUGCAAUAUUUAAGUAAGGCCUAGCGUUUCGCUCUGAUUUGCAUUUGGGUAAUUAAUGAUAUGCUUUUCUUUCAUGUGAAUGUCAAGACAUAAAGGAUAAAUAAAUGGUUGAAAUAGCAUUGAAAUAAAUUACACAUUCAAAUGUAAUUUCAUGUUAUGUUUAUCCUUCUUAAGCAUUGCUAUUAUGUCUUAACAUUGACAAAGACUUGAGUUCCUAUAAUUGUAUGCCUUCUCAAAUGAAAUUUUAAAGAAAUUGAUUCAGCAUGUAAUGGUGUUUCAUCUGAAGUGUAAUAAUGCAGUGUUGUUCAAAUUGCCUUAUACUUGUGAACAACCAUAUUAAGUGAGAAAUGAAUACUGCACCGAGUGUAAUAAAAAUUUAAAAAUCU